UUUGUCUUUUAAAGUGUUCGCCUCCAACGCUGGGAUCACGUGUUCAUGAAUUCUGAUAUGGGCUUCCUGCAACUGAUGCGUCCAUUCAGUUUUAAGUUUUAACAUAAAAUUAACUCAAUAAUCCCUAUCCACGUGUCUGAUGUUUAGCUGUUAAGCAAUACAACCAACUCAACUCUUCGCCCGCACGCAGUCUCUUUCCACCAUCCCUCAUUCUUCCCUUUUUCCUCUUGCCAGCAUCUAUCACGGCCUGCACCUUUUCGCAGUUGGCUUCCUCGGAGAAACAGAGAAAACAAAGCUUUUUCAAUUUAAAAUAUUUCUCCGGGUGCUCCCUUGAUAGCCAACUCCAUUGUCUCUUCUUUAUUUCUAAUUUCUUUUUACAUACAUAAUCUUUUCUCUUUCUUAUUUUUCAUGUGUAUUUGCGUGAUAAAUAUAAUCUCUUUGUUCAAUGGCGGAAGAUAAUCAGAAUCCUGAUACCGCGAUGUAUCUCUACGGCGAUCUCGAUUUGAAAAUAAUCGAAGCUCGACAGUUACCAAACAUGGAUAUAGUAACCGAGCGUGUUCGCCGUUGUUUACUCGCAUUCGACGGUUGCCGAAAACCUUGCAUUAAAGAACACAAAAGCGAACGCCAACGCAGAAUCAUCACAAGUGACCCCUACGUCACCGUUUGCCUGUCAGGUGCUACAGUCGCACGCACGCGCGUGAUUUCAAACUCUCAACAUCCUUACUGGAACGAACAUUUCAAGAUUCCCGUCGCUCACCCUGCCACUCACGUGGAGUUUCACGUUAAAGAUAAUGACGUGUUUGGCGCUGAUUUAAUCGGAGUAGCAACUGUUCCUGUUAAGAGAAUCAUCUCGGGCGAAACAGUAAGCGACUGGCUUCCGAUAACCGAUCCCUACGGAAAACCACCAAAACCAGAUUGUGCAAUUCGUGUAGAAAUGAAAUUCAUGCAAUGCGAGGAAAAUCCACUAUACCAGUACGGUAUUGCCGCGUCUCCAAACGAAUUCGGUAUUCAGAACUGUUAUUUUCCCGUCCGUCACGGGAGUUCCGUCACGCUGUAUCAGGAUGCGCACGUGCCGGAUUCCUUUUUGCCGGAGAUAAAGUUAGAGAACGACAUCGUAUAUAGGCAUGAAAAAUGCUGGGAGGAUAUUUGUCACGCUAUAUUAGAAGCGCACCAUUUGGUGUAUGUAGUUGGUUGGUCGAUUUAUCAUAAGGUUAAAUUAGUUAGAGAGCCAACAAAGCCAUUACCUAGCGGUGGAAAUUUAAAUUUGGGGGAUUUGCUAAAGUACAAAUCACAAGAAGGCGUUCGAGUUUUAUUGCUUGUUUGGGAUGAUAAAACUUCUCAUAGCAAGUUCUUCAUUAAUACGACUGGAGUGAUGCAAACGCAUGAUGAAGAAACUCGCAAGUUCUUCAAGCAUUCAUCUGUGAAUUGUGUGUUAUCGCCACGUUAUGCCAGCAGUAAGCUUAGCAUUUUCAAGCAACAGGUUGUUGGGACCCUCUUUACGCAUCAUCAGAAAUGUGUGAUUGUGGAUUCGCAAGCAUCUGGAAACAAUCGGAAGAUAACUGCGUUUAUAGGAGGGCUAGAUCUUUGUGAUGGCCGCUAUGAUACGCCUGAACAUCGGUUGUUUCGGGAUCUUGACACUGUAUUCCAGGAUGAUUAUCAUAAUCCAACUUUUCCUGCAGGAACAAAGGGUCCAAGGCAACCAUGGCAUGAUUGGCAUUGCAAAAUUGAAGGACCUGCUGCAUAUGAUAUUCUUAAAAACUUUGAGCAGCGUUGGAAAAAAGCCUCAAAAUGGUCAGAGUUUGGGCGACGUGUUAAAAGGGUAACGCAUUGGCAUGAUGAUUCCUUAAUAAAGUUAGAACGGAUCUCGUGGAUACUUAGUCCUGGCCCUUCAGUUCCCAAUGAUGAUCCUAAAUUAUGGGUGUCCAGCGAAGACAGCCCCGAAAACUGGCAUGUUCAGGUUUUCCGGUCUAUAGAUUCAGGAUCUUUGAAGGGGUUCCCUAAAUAUGUUCAUCAGGCCGAGGCUCAGAACCUAGUUUGUGCAAAAAAUCUGGUGAUUGACAAGAGCAUUCAAACAGCAUAUAUUCAAGCAAUCAGAUCUGCCCAACACUUUAUAUAUAUAGAGAAUCAAUAUUUCAUUGGAUCAUCAUAUGCUUGGCCAUCUUACAAAGAAGCAGGGGCUGAUAAUUUGAUUCCUAUGGAGUUGGCAUUAAAGAUCAACAGUAAAAUCAGAGCAAAGGAGAGAUUUGCGGUUUAUGUUGUCAUACCAAUGUGGCCUGAGGGUGCUCCUUCUUCUGCCUCUGUACAAGAAAUUCUCUUUUGGCAGGGACAGACAAUGCAAAUGAUGUAUGACGUUAUAGCAAAAGAAUUGGAAUCCAUGAACCUUGAGCAUUCACACCCUCAGGACUACCUAAAUUUCUAUUGUCUUGGAAAUAGGGAAGAACUUCCUAAAGAAAUGUCUGCUUCAAGUGAUAAACUUUCCCAGCCUGGAGAUGUGGUUUCAACUUCUCAAAAGCACCAACGAUUUAUGAUUUAUGUACAUGCCAAGGGAAUGAUCGUAGAUGAUGAAUAUGUAAUAAUGGGGUCUGCUAACAUUAAUCAACGGUCUAUGGCUGGUUCCAGAGAUACUGAGAUAGCAAUGGGUGCAUAUCAGCCCAAUCACACUUGGGGCAAUAAGAAGAGACAUCCACGAGGCCAGGUAUAUGGGUACAGAAUGUCACUCUGGGCAGAACACUUGGGAUUGGUGGAUAGCUUGUUUGAUGAGCCUGAAACCUUGGAUUGUGUGAAGACUGUGAACAAGAUCGCCGAAGAUAACUGGAGAAGGUUCACAGAGGAGGAUUUCACGCCAUUGCAGGGGUUCCUCCUGAAGUAUCCUUUGGAGGUGGAUAGAAAUGGCAAAGUAAGCCCCUUGACUGGACAAGAGAAUUUUCCAGAUGUUGGUGGAAAGGUGCUUGGAGCACGCUCAACCUUUCCUGAUUCAUUAACUACAUAGCAAGUCAGGUUUCGGCUAUUAAUUUAACUUGGUAUCAGUAUAAUUGUCAAGCGGUAGAUGUCGUUAUGAUUCCUGACGAGUCUUUAGUAGACUUUCUUUGAGAAGAUUUAGAUUUAUUAGGAGCUGCUUCCAAUUUACGGCCAAUCUGAUGUAAAAAAUACGAUGCCGAUUGAUACAUUUUCUUAAAUUAAACUUUUAGAAUGA